UAGGCUACGUAUUCUCUUUUAUUGCAAAGGAAAGCUGGAGAACGAGAUACAUUAUUAACUUUUGCUUUCAUUCUAUGCAUGAUAAUAAUUUCUACGUAGCUAACCAAAAGUAGAACUGAGAGCUCUUGCUUUAAAUCGAAAACUCCACCUAGUUGCCGUGGCGACAACAGCAUCGAGUGGCUUCCAUAGUAACUAAAAUAAACAACUGACUUCCUCCCCUAACCGAUAGAUACGCCGGAAACAAAAGCUCCCCGACUCAGCUCCAUAUCACUACGACCGUAGAUACGCCGAUAUCUUUUCCACUUUUCGGUAUCUUCCGUUGACCUUUGUCGUGUAGAUACAUCGGAAUGCAUGCUACGUUUAAUAAACCACACAUUUCCUGACUCAUCAACAUCGUGGUUUUUGUUGUUGUGAAAAUGAACUUUUUCCGCUUUAUCGUCUCUGGGUAGCUAGAAUUUGAGCGCGCCAAAUUACGCGAUGUCUGCAAACGCGCCCCCCGAGUCCAACUGCAAUUUUUCAUUCGCAACCCGCAGAGCGCAUGCCCUGCUUCGGUCUUCUGAAUGGCACUUUUCCCAUUUUCUCGACUGCACGGAUAGUCAGUCCUAGGGCGGGAAAUAUGUGUAUAUUAGUUAGGAAAAUGACGGGGUUGCGACAAGUCGAGUAAACGGAAAGUAGCUCGUGACCGCGUUCAGCUUGUUAGGUAUAUCUGCAGAGCUCUCCUCUGUUCGUGUUGAGCAAUUGGCAGAAAAUCGAUAGAAUAUUGUUGCCUUCUGUUAUCUAUGGGAAAAUUGACGAUGAGUAUCUGAAACAUCUUGUGCUCAUUACAAAAGGAAAAUUCGAGUGUAGUGCGCGCUCUAAGCCGGAGGAGAUUAGUGUUAAUUAGCCUAUCUUGAGAUUUGUGCCAGAUACAGUGUAAAAGACCCCGUGCAAGGGGGAAAAUCGAAGUGGACGGUGUGGAUGUGAUGCAAUCAAUUUGUGCGGAAAGUGGUAGAUUAACUGAUGUGCUUCGAUACGAGGAAUCAGGCCAGCAGGCAGUGGGAAGUUACUAAUUAGAACGCAUUUGAAUUCGAGUGGAUAAAGAACGACCAAACUAUAGAUAGAUUAAUUUUUAAUGAAAUUUCGCCUCAGUUACUUGCGAAUGUUAUGUUUAUGUAAAUUUUAAAACACAAACUGUGUACAAAAAGGAUCGUUGACGUUGUACGUAUCGAAAUUCAUUGAAUAUUGUUAUGAAUCAUUGUGAAGAUGCAGUCCCCUUGGCCGGAACAGUUUGUCCCGAAAAAAUCCUCAGCACAAGCAUUGAACUGUCUGUCACGUGCUCGUAAUGUCGGAGGAAUCGGAAGAAGCGUACUUGGUUAACCCUCGUUCACCGUCACUAAGUGGCUUUCCACCGGGACUGAUGCCGUACACGGACGGAGUACAGUCAGUGGUAUCACAAUACGGUGCCCAAAUGAACAGUGCCGGAUCAUUGGGAUCGAAUAGUGCAGGGCUUAUUAGUAGCGGACGUAGUGCAAGUGAUGCAUCGGGCACCAGUAAAGGAAUGAAUCGAAAUGACCGCAACAGUGGCACUGGCACGGGAUCGUCGGGACGAGGAUCACAAAGUCACGAGUCAGAAUCUGGAGAGCUUAUCGACUACAAUAAUGAUCUACUGCUGAGUCAAUUUCAUGCAGAUGCUAUUAAACAGACGGGUUGUGGAAAAUUUCAACUACUUGCGUCACUGAUAAUUGGUCUCGGUUUAGCAGGUCAUGCAAUUCAAGUGUACGCUGUAUUUUACAUCCUACCAUCGGCAGAGCUAGAAUUUUGCAUACUAGAGAGCGAAAAAAGUUGGUUAGGAAGCAUAACACUACUAGGAUUAGGAUGUGGUGCAUUGCUAUGGGGCGGCUUGGCUGGACGGACCGGCCGAAGAAAAACUCUAUUGAGUUGCUUAGCUGUUUCAGGAGUAUUUUCGGUAGUAGCAGCCUUCAUGCCCACCUAUGGACCAUUCAUGAUGGCACGAUUUUGUGCUGCCGCCGGAAUUGGUGGUGCUCUACCAGCAGGAGCGAGUUAUUUGUGUGAAAUUUCACCAGGAUAUGCCAGAACAAGAAUUCUGUCACUAUUGGGAACAUUGGGGAUCUCGGGAGCUGUUUUUGCUGGUGGUAUUGCAAUAAUUACGGUUCCGCAGACGGGACAGGAAGUGAUGCUGGAGAAUAAAGAGCAUUUUAGCGCUUGGCAUCGAUACUUAUUGAUCAUUUCCCUGCCAACAGUAAUGUCAAUAUUGGGACUUUUUUGGCUGCCGGAAUCGCCUCGGUGGCUACUAGACAAUGGCCGGGAGGUUGAUGCUUUGUCUAUUUAUCAGAAAAUAUAUAAAAGCAACAGAGCUCGUGGUGGCUACACGCUCACAGAGCUGGAACUCCCUGGAGCCAGAGCUCACAAACAUCACAUACCCUCAUCCGUCCUUGCGGGCAUGGCUCAUGGAAUUCACAUGUUCUUUAGCAGCUUCUUACAACUGUUCCGUAAAAACUAUUUAAAAACAACAACCCUAUUGAUAGCCUCAUGGUUUGUGGCGAUGUUCGUUUAUCAUGGUUUGACUAUAUUCAUUGCUGGACACUCAAGAGCAAUUGAACAAGAAAGAUAUAGCCAACAAACGGUGGUAAAAGCACAUAAAUCCUACGAAAAUGUAGUAUUCAACGACAGCAUGGAAAAUUUGGUAUUCAGCCAAAGCAGUUUUUACAAUUGUACAUUCCGUAGAGUUUUUUUAAGUCACAUUCAUUUUGAAAAUUGCUCGUUCGUCGAUACAGAGUUCGCGAACGUUAAGACGAGUAGAACGACCUUCUCGAACUGUGUAUUGGAUAAUGUCAGACUCAUAGCCACUGAUCUGACUGAUCGACAUUUUAUAAAUUGCACGAAGAAUAACACAGAACAGAUACGAUUACCACGAAAUUGUGAUCGUGAAUUUGAAUAUAAUAUUUUUUUGGAAGCCCUGUGGCGAUCUAAUUUAGGUGCAUUAGUUCCUGGAGUGUUGUGUCUAGCAUUUGUAGGUGAAGCAAUACAUCGUUUUGGACGCAGCCGGAUAGCAACUACUUGCUUUUCGUUCGCCACAAUGUUGUGUUGCGCAUUUGGGUUUAUGUUCGUUGACGAACAUGUUAUCUGGACGGGAGGCACAGCACAGGGACUAAUACUAGCUGGUCUGGCAGCUCUAACCAUCCUAGCAAUCGAGACAUACAGCACACCAUUAAGAUGCACCGCUCUUGGAUUGUGUGUUUGUGGGGGUCAUAUGGGAGCACUGCUCAGCGCACCAAUUUAUUCUGCAUUGCCUCAUGCCUCAUCGAAUUUUGCGGCAGGACUUUCAACAAUCUCAAUGAUUGUCCCAGUCCUAUCAUCGGGGACUCUUGAAGAUCCUUGCAUGUUGCUUUAAAAGCAUCACCACUCACUAUUCCUACCGCUUGUAUUCACAUUGAGGACACAAAAGUUCAAUGCAUCAAAAGAGCGUUUCAAAAUGAGGAAUGUUACUCGGUUAUUGUUAUUGAACGAACCCGAACGCUAAUUUACGUUUUAUAUUAAAUCGAAUAAAGUUUAUGAGUAAAAUCUAAUAGAUUAGAAUAUGUACGAGUAAUAUUGAUUUAUGAAUUUAUCAGACUUGAUUAUCCUUUAAUUUUCUUGUCAUGCCACAACGUGCGGUGGGUCACUAAAAUAUUUCUAGUCAAAGUAAAAAGAUACAUAAAACAAUUUCGAUUAAGCGUAAAUAUUAAAGAAAAGACAGGAGACACAACUGAUAAACAUAAAUAAAACGAUUUAGUGAAACUUAAGCACACGUACAUUUGCCAGUAAAGAGUAUUUCAUAAAGAAGGAGAGAAACGACCAUACACAUAUCCAUUUUAGGUACCAAUAAUUUAUGCAUUACAGGAUUUAGUUAGAGCAUUUUGUCAUUGCCGCUGUAUCUUAGUCAUUCGCAUGAAUCUUGUAUUGUUCAAUUGUUCAAAAGAAGAAAGGACAUAAUAUUUUGCCAGUUAUGCCUUUGCUUUACCUAUCGUGCAAAAGGUACUCCCAAUUAAGACACCUGAUACCAUUGGGAAGUGGAUUGUUCCGACUUCAAUAUGAGUUUUAUCUUUAGAUUCAUGAAGAGGAUCACUUAAUGCUAGUUUCACUUUUAGUAUAAUUUUAGUAAAUUAUGCAAAUCUGCUCUAUUUGUAUGACUUUUUUUUCUAUCUUUAAGUAUAUGCCUGUGUUACGUCCUAGUUCUGUAAGGGUAUAGAGUUGAUAUUAGUUACAAACGAGACAUUAGAUAUGUAUCGUGAAGGAAACUGUAAAAUAUAUUUUCGCUAAUUGCUGAAAAUUUUGAAUUGAAUGAAAUUAAAUAGCAAUAAAGUCAAUAAGGAACUGCUCGAUUAAAUAGA